AAGCAAGAAAGAUACACAUGAAUCCGCAAGGAGGGAGGGAGGACGUACUAUAUAUGAAAAGCAGACCCCAGCACACAUAGACACGCAAGGGGGGAGGUCUGAAUUGAUAAUAGCAGAGGAAGAAGAACUGAAGUCGAUCCUCAACUGCGAAUCUGUUGUGAUCUUCUAAUGACGGAGGUGACCAAGGAGAAAUGCCGGCCGGCCGACAAGCUGCAGCAUAGCAUCAAUGAUGCCAUCGUCGGAGUGCCUGGCGGCGCGACGGCGGCGUGCUGGGACUGCAGCAUCUGCCUGGAGGUGGCGUCGGAGCCGGUGGUGACGCUGUGCGGCCACCUCUACUGCUGGCCCUGCAUCUUCCGCUGGCUCACCACCUCCUCCAAGUCCAAGUCCCGCGCCUCGCCCUCCGCGCGCUGCCCCGUCUGCAAGGCCGCCGUCUCCGAGGACCACCUCGUGCCGCUCUACGGCCGCGCUCGCGCCACCACCCUAAGCCCGGCCGGAGGCAGAGGAGGCGGCGUCUGUCAGGUGCCGUGUCGUUCGCCGGUGCCGGGGCCGAACGUGGAGGAGCGCCUUCACGGGCCGGACUCGGACGAUGGCGGCAACUUCUACUACUACUACGACAACGUCGGCAUCAAUGGCCUGGACUGCUCCAACGCGGAGCGCUUGCUCGGCGGCAUCGCGCUGGCGGUGCUACUCCCAUGGGCGACGAGGGGCGCCGGUGGAAGGCCGCCACCGCCGUCGUUGUACCGCGACGGCGAGGGCUGGAGGAUGGCGCGCCAGCAGAGGCGGGUGGCGCGCAGGUUGCGGCAGAUAUGGGUGUUCCUCGCCAUGGUGGCGUUCCUCUGCUUCCUCCUUCUUUGAGGCUCUGCAGAAAACGACGUAAAUUUUUUUUGAACUGGCAGGAGCGUUGCAUUUUCGUUAAAAGGAAAAUAUGUACAUAUUAGCAUGUUUAAAGGGGAAGGGGUACAUGCCGGAAAACCCCAAUGAAAAACAACCGCAUACGGUUACCCGUGGUUUGAAUA